CAUCCGGGGCUCUCCCCCCCCCCCUCGGCCGUUCGCACUCUCGGCUAUGGCGGAGGCCUCAGUUGGGAGACAGAGUCCAAGGGUUGUGUCCUACCCUGCGCGGAACUUAUGUCCUGGGAGACCCAGCCUUCAUACCACGGCAGUGGUGUCUAUGGGCUCAGGUGACCAUCGCUUCAACCUGGCUGAGAUCCUUUCCCAGAACUACGGGGUGCGGGAAGAGACUGAGGAAGAUCAGCGGCAGGAACACUCACAGGGGAAAGCGAAGCCUUUGGAGGAGCUAGAGAAGAGCUUCAAUGCCUCCCAGAACUCUGAAAUGCCGUUCGAGGAAUUGCUUGCGCUCUACGGCUACGAGGCCUCUGACCCCAUCUCCGAGCAGGACAGUGAGAGCAACGAUGCCCCGCCCAACCUUCCAGACAUGACCCUGGAUAAGGAGCAGAUAGCAAAGGACCUGCUUUCCGGGGAAGAAGAAGAGGAGACUCAGUCUUCGGCCGACGACCUGACCCCUUCCGUCACCUCCCACGACGCCUCGGACCUUUUCCCCAACCAGAUGGGAUCAAACUUCCUGGCUGAUGGAGGCAAAGGCCGCUGCUCCUCCCCGUGUGCCUCCUUCUCGGCCGAGGACUCGGAAGAAGAUGCCAUCCCCGCCAACGAAUGCAAGAAGGAGAUCAUGGUUGGUCCUCAAUACCAGGCGGCUGUUCCCCUCCUCCACCUGAACAGGCAUGGCGAAAAAGUCUACGAAAACGACGACCAGCUUCUUUGGGACCCGAACAUCCUCCCCGAGAGGGAAGUGGAAGAGUUCCUUUACCGAGCCAUAAAGAGAAGGUGGGACGAAGUCUCGAACGCCAGCCUUGCAGAGGGGGACACGGUCAAGGACAAUGAACAAGCGCUGUACGAACUGGUGAAGUGCAACUUCAACGCCGAAGAGGCGCUGCGGAGACUCCGGUUCAACGUGAAGGUCAUUCGAGAUGAGCUCUGUGCCUGGAGUGAAGAGGAAUGCAGGAAUUUUGAACACGGGUUCCGGGUCCACGGAAAGAACUUCCACCUCAUCCAAGCAAACAAGGUCCGCACCCGGUCGGUAGGCGAAUGUGUGGAGUACUAUUACAUGUGGAAGAAAUCGGAGCGCUACGACUACUUCACCCAGCAGACGCGGUUUGGAAGGAAGAAGGAUUACGUGGAUAAUUUUUUGGAUGGUGGCGAAGUAGAAAGUGCCAGUCGUUCGCGAAGUUCCCCACCCAUCCCUUCGUCCACUGGAUGCCUCGACUCUCGUUUCAACCCAGAUCACCUGGCAAUCGAAAGCACAGAACCUUUGAGCAUCGAGAGCGCAGCGUGCAGUUUGGGCAGCACGAGUGAGUCGGGCCACGGCUACGAGUACAGCACCCCUUCGGAAACAAACUGUUCCUUCGACCCCGCCGAGGAAGCCGGCAGCCGAGCGCCCGCUUUCCUGCAGCGCCCGCCGAACCCCCCCGAAGCCGGCUUCUACCAGGUGGCCGCAGCCGGCAAACAGGAGCCACUGCGGUGCUCGGGGAAUGCCCUUGCCGUGGACUUCACCCUCCCCGGGAACGUCGCGGAGGGGCUGCCUUUAAUUUCCGGCCACGUGGGACUGGACAGGGAUCCAGAGACGUUGGUGGCCCCUUCUCAAGUGUCCUUAUCGGUCCCGGAUUUCAGCCUCCUUGGCAUUGGAGAUGUAAAUAGCUUCCUGGCCACUCAGCAGGCCUGCCCAGCUCCCAGGGGUCACUCAGAGUCCUUGUCUCAGUGACUGCAGCCUCUGCGUAGGGGUCCACUGACGGACAAAAGCUGACUCUGGCAGGACUGGACGGCAUUGCCCUUUGGGGAGGGGGUACGGAGACGGGUCAGCCUAUCGUCACCCUUCCUUGCCCCGCACACUCCCCCGGGGCCACGAGCGCCGGUCAAGAGCCGUCCGGUCCUCGCCUUUCCAAAUUGCGGGGGGCGGAAGGGGCGCCCGCUGCUCUUCCUGCCCCUGUGCUCGACGUCCCUCUGGCGAAACCAAACGCCUCCGUCGUACUCUCUCGCACAGCUUUGCAAAAGAGAGAGAAAGCCAAUGGAGGGGAACCUGUGACCCUCAUGGGGCCGUUGUAGAUGGGGGGCAAAGCCAUGCAGGGGGCAGACGAAGUCUUCCUCCCCAACAACCCCGCCCUGGGCAAGCUGGAUAUCCAGCAUUGCCAGCCGAGAAAACCCCCCGGCGCAAUGCGGGAGGCCGCAAAGAUAGAGAGGGUUACCCAGGAGCACUUUCAGAGAAGGAGAUGUAUCGGUGGGGCGGAAAGCUUUCACGCACAGCGCGAGCGGACGUGGAACACAACUGGUCCCGAAGGUGCAAAGCAAGCUGAGUUGGGCACUUUCCUUCAGUUGUGGCGGCACCUCUGUUUAGUUUCGUUUUCAGUAGCGGCGGGGGACGUUCCUUUUUGCCAAACCUUGCGGCCGCAUCCUAGUUUGCCAUAGGGUGGGUGGAAUCGCCACCCUGCUCCCGCUUUCGUCCCUACGCAAGCACACAGCCCCAGGCCUUUUUUUAAGGCACCCUCUUAUCGGGACCCGCCUUCUGGGCAGAGGGAGAAACUUCAUCCCCUCCAACAGCACCCUGCAUUGCGAAGAUGGUAAUCCGCACGUCGCAGCCUUCCGAAGAUGCAUUGGCUUCCGGGGAUGGUGAUGGGUUGAGGAGGACGUGGAGGGGCAGAACGGAAGAAGGCUCCCUGGCCCUGUUGCCAGAACUCCACAGCUCUCAGGCGGUGUGUGUGGCGGGGCGCUCCAGGGGUUGACGUUCGCCAUGGCGGGUCGCGAGACCAGGCUUCCGAAAGCCAGCAAGAAUCUGCGUGUUUGCUUUUGCCGGAAGAGAGGCGGCCGGGUGGCGGCAGGAGCACAGGGCCACCGGUUGGAGUGCCAAACUGAGACUCCGGGGAGGGAGGUAUACGUGCGUUCUGUGCGUGAGAGAGAGCAUGAAACGCGGGUGUCCCGUCCUGUCCCCCCAACCUUGCCCGGUUCGGCCAGCUGGCAGAAUACUACGAGGACGGACUCCGUGCCAUUCAAACCUCCUUUGUCUCCCUCUUCUUCCAUUUUUCUCAACCUCAGCCAUGGGGAAGCUUUUUUCCUUGUUGCUGGUAAUACGGUAUAUCCCUUUCCCCCCAUCAUUUUCAUUUUGUGGUGCAGGGCGAUGGUGGUUCGUGGCAGCAGUCAUACCCUUAACCUAAUUCCGCCCCACCCCUUGAGCAUCUGUCGCCCACCUAGCCGCUCACUCCUUUCUUGGUCAUGCAACUAGGGGCUUUUCUUCCAAACUGGGGGAGCUGAUAAGGUGUGGAGACAACCUCCCGCACCUCUCUCCUGUGUCCGUCUCUCCCCACAACACCCCGCAUUUCCACAAAGGCAGUUUCCGGCUGGCAGUUGGCAGCUGUGGAUUGCAGGCUCUAAUAAUCGCUUUGUUGGCCUCCGUUGAUGCUAGCGGCAGCAAUCGUGGUUAGCGAACGAGCCUCCUGUUGCACUGUUCGCGCCCGCUGUGCAAAAGGCAGGGGAGAGUCUUGCACAAGUGUCAUGCCGGCUCUGAUCAGGGAGGCAGGCGGCAGAUUAAGAGAGCUAGAGAGGGCU